GGUCGCUGGUCGCUGUCUGUGGCCGCGAUUGUGGCUCAACUUGUGGGGGUGGAGGUGGGGGGAGGGGGGUCAAGAAGCGGACGUUGCAGCUGCUGCUACUGGAGGCGAGCUGUUGGUGUUGGAGAGCGGGGCUUUGUGGGGGGUUGUCAGCGUGGGAUUCUAAGUAAACCUUCAGCAAUCUACGAUGGCCUCCACUCUUCUCUCCCGGCAACUCACUCACACUCUGCAACAGAACCUCAAGUUUUCUCUCACCCGAUCUCGAUACAUUAGCCAGCCGGCCAACAAGGGCGAUGUGGAUGUGGAGUUUGAUGGGCCGUUAAUGAAAACAGAAGUCCCCGGUCCACGAUCUCGGGAGUUAAUGAAGAAGCUGAGCGAGUUUCAGAACGUUGGUGCUGUGAACUUCUUUUGCGACUAUGAGGAGAGUCGGGGCAACUACCUGGUGGAUGUGGACGGUAACAGGAUGCUGGACCUUUACACCCAAAUCUCCUCCAUCCCUAUAGGUUACAACCACCCCGCACUCAUCAAGGUGCUGCAGAAUCCUCACAACGUGAGUACCUUCAUCAACAGACCUGCCCUGGGAUGCCUGCCCCCUGAGGAUUACGUUCAGAGACUGUCCGAGUCGCUGCUUUCAGUAGCUCCUAAGGGUUUGAAGCAAGUGCAGACGAUGUCCUGUGGCUCCUGUUCCAACGAGAACGCCUUCAAAGCAGCGUGCAUCUGGUACCGAAACAAACAAAGAGGAGAGGUGAUCCACACAAAGGAAGAGCUGGAAUCGUGCAUGAUCAACCAGGCUCCGGGCAGCCCCGACAUCACCAUUCUCUCCUUCAUGGGUGGAUUUCAUGGACGGACGUUUGGUUGCCUGACAGCGACCCACUCCAAGGCUGUCCACAAGCUGGACAUUCCAGCCUUUGACUGGCCCACCGCUCCGUUCCCAAAGCUGAAGUAUCCCCUGGACGAGUUUGUGCGGGAGAAUUCAGAAGAAGAGGCCAGGUGCCUGGAGGAGGUGGAAGAUCUGAUAGAAAAAUACGGAAAGAAGGGAAGAAAUGUGGCUGCAAUAAUCAUCGAGCCAAUCCAGUCUGAGGGAGGAGACAACCAUGCAUCAGAUGACUUCUUCCGCAAGUUACGUGACGUUGCCAAGAAGCACGGAUGUGCGUUCCUGUGCGAUGAGGUACAGACAGGGGGUGGAGCCACGGGCAAGUUCUGGGCCCACGAGCACUGGGGCCUGGAUGACCCCGCGGACAUCGUUACCUUCAGCAAGAAGCUGUUGUCUGGUGGCUACUUCUACAAGGAUGAACUGAGGCCCGAUAUGCCCUACAGGAUUUUCAACACAUGGUUAGGAGAUCCUUCCAAAAAUCUGAUGUUUUCUGAAGUACUCAAUGUCAUUCGGGGUGAAAAGCUUCUGGAUAACGUCAAUGCAAGUGGAAAGGUUCUAUUUAAUGGACUGAAGGAACUGCAGGUUCUCUAUCCCCACAUCCUGAGCAGAGCCAGAGGAAAAGGAACCUUCUGCUCCAUCGAUGCGCCCGAUGAAACCGUCCGCAAUCAACUUGUCUUGCAGAUGAGAAACAAAGGUAUUGUACUCGGUGGCUGUGGAGAAAAGUCCAUUCGAUUCCGCCCAACCUUAGUGUUCAGGCCACACCACGCACAUCUCUUCCUUAAUGUUUUCAAUGAUGUUCUGGGUGCCCAUAAGUGAAAGGAUGAAGCGAUGGACAGCACAAAGGGCCACACAACCCACAAUUCAACUGAUCGCUAUCAAACAGUCUGACAAAUCUACACCUACUUAUUCAACAUCUCUAUCCGCCAUUUACACCAGUAUUUUAAAAAUCAAUAGUUUGACCGCUAAAACUAUUUCAAAGUAUAAUUUGUGUAACAUUCAGCAUCCACUACUGUAAAAAUACAAUUAAUUAUGUGUUCAAGUUAGUGUUCAUUUUCCGUUGUCAGUUGUCUUGGUUGUAAGUGUGUAAAUUAAACACCAAUCCAUUCGUGUAACACCAGUUUCACACUUAAUCUGGGCAAUGUUUUUGUAAUUUUUACUGAUAUUUUGUAUCAGAGAAAGAUAUCAAUGAACAGUAUUCAUAAUAAGCCAUGGGUGAUUGUCCUCUGUUCUAGACUGUUACACAUGCUACCUGGUGCAUUAAUGGUGGAUUAUGUCAAAAUAAUUUCUAUAUAAUUGCCAUAUUUCGUGUACUUGCUGUCAAAUAAUCUAAAAGUCUAGUUGCUUGAGUAAAAUGUGUCUUAAUCCUGGCCAGCCAGCCAUACAUAGAGUUUGUGAUACAGUUUUAUUCAUCACUGUGUAUAUCUUCAAAUAAAUUUUAAUUUCUUCAAA